GAAGAAGGUCUGGUCAUUCUCUUGAUUACUUGAAUAUUUAUCUUAUUUCAAGAUGAGUGUUAACAGAGUCAUUACAGUGAGUAAACAGGAGAGACUACAUGAGGAACUAACAAAGGAGGUUAACAACAUUGAUGAGAUCAUGGAAGAUCUGUUUCAGCGGGAAUUCGAGUUGUUUCGUAACGUUGAAGGCGUGGCAACAACGCUUCAAACCCUUCGAACUAUAGUUAGGACAUUGAAAGCAAAGAAGACUGAGAGUUGUAUAAGCCAAGAAUUGCAUCAGAAAGAAGAGUCCAUUGUGGAUGCCAGCAUCAAUGAGAAGACAAAAGAGCUAGUGGACAAACUAAAGACUGAAAAGCUACCCGGAGACCUGCAGAAAACAGAACCGCUGAUGAGCGUGGAAGAGCAAAAGGACAAAAUGGAGGGGGCAGAAAAUGUAGAGGACAAGUCGGAGGUAAAAGAACUCGAUGGAAAGCUAGAGAAGACAGAAGACCUAAAGGAAAAACUGGAGAAGACAGAAAAACUAGAGGACAAACUGGAGAAGACAGGAAAACUAAAGGACAAGCUGGAGAAGACAGAAAAAUUAAAGGACAAACUGGAAAAGAUAGAAAAACUAGAGGACAAGCUGGAGAAGACAGAAAAACUAAAGGACAAACUGGAGAAGACAGAAGAACUAGAGGAAAAACUGGAGACAGAAAAACUAGAGGAUAAGUUGGAGAAGACAGAAGACCUAAAGGAAAAACUGGAGAAGACAGAAAAACUAGAGGACAAGCUGGAGAAGACAGAAAAACUAGAGGACAAGCUGGAGAAGACAGAAAAACCUGAGGACAAGCUGGAGAUAGAAGAGUUAAUGAGCAAGAUAGAGGGAGUAAUGCUUCAAAUAGACGAAAUGGACGAGAAAGGGACAGGGGAUUCAGAUACAAGUAAGUCAUCGCUGGAUACAACUUUAGACGAAGUCGGAAAAUUAGAAGAUGAGUUAGCAGAAAUUGAUGAGAGUGAAAUUACAAAUUUCCUGUUUAAUUUUCUGUUUGGUAUCCGUGAAACACUGGAAAAUAUACUUGAUGAAGCUAUUGUACUGUCUGAGCACGAGGUGUCACUAAAAGAAGAGAAGGCUUCUCUAGAAGAAUCUGAUAAGCUCCUGGUUCUUUAACGCUCUCAGAAAACGUAAGACGUUGAUAUAAUACAACACAUGAAGAAAGGCAACUACUUGUGUCCUUUAAAUUUAGCAUAUCUUACCGUAUAUAACUUCCACAUGGCUUGCAGCGGGGUAUCGAGUCAAGUGUUACAGUUUCUGAAGGAUUAUCCAACUGAAUGUUCAUAUAAAGAGAAGAUUAGACUUCAUAAAAUAUGCUGAUCUAAGGAAGAAACUCAUUUUUACAAGAGCAAGGAAACUAUUUUUUUUGUUUAGUUUUCCCAAGAGUAAGGAGCUAUAUUCACAUACAAGGAUAAUUUUUUACAGGUGUAUAAUAGACGUCAUGGAACAGUUCUUUAAAGGGUUAAGUUUGGUUUAUGAAAUAGGUAAACGAUAUAAUGAGUACACUGGUUCUGAUUAUUGUCUAUCUUACCAAAGUAUAGAAACUGCGGUGGAUGUUGAGGAACAAGUGUAAUUGAUUUUCUUACAUUAAAAUAUUUUUUUUCA